AUGGAGGUCCGGGAUGCGGUUCCGCCCGCAAGGAGCAGGGCUGGCAGGGACCAGACACGCAAGAAUGACUGGCAGCGAGCAUGUAGGGCGCUGGCAAGGGUGGAGGCUGCGUCGGCAGAGCCGAGCUUGAAGAUGAAACGAACGGCAGUUGUGACUGCCGGACGCGGCGGGCACUGGCAAGAAGCCUUGGGGGUGUUUGCGCACGAUGUAGAUACUCAGAGGGAUGUGCUCAUGUACAAUGUCACGAUGACGGCGUGCGAAAAAGGGACGCAGUGGCUGAAGACGCUCCACCUGUUGUCGCAGUUAGGUCGAGACCAUCUGCAAUGUAGUAUCGUCACGCAUGGAGCUGCACUGAGUGCCUUCCAGCGAGCUGAAGAUUGGAGCGCUGCAACGCUGUUAUUCGGCGAGCUGGAGCAGAAGCAGUGUCCUGCGAAUCUGAUCAUGUACAAUGCAGCCAUGGGAGCGUGUGGGGUUCGGUGGCGGCAGGCGGUGCAGCUCAUGUCUGAGCUUUCCCGUGUUUCCCGUGUGGACCGGGACGUGGUGACAUAUACUUCCGCGAUCAGCGCAUGUGCGGCCGCACAUCGCUGGCAAACUGCCCUUCAUCUCUUGGCAGAGCUGCAAAACCAGGUUACCUUCACCUCGGCAAUCUCUGCCUGCGGUUUGGGUCUCGAGUGGCAACCGGCGCUCUCCUUGCUGCAAGAGCUGCGCGCGGAAGGGGGCCGAGGUAACGUGGUGACCUUCCUGGCAGCCCUUACACCGUGUGGCAUGGUCCAGCGGUGGCGCCAAGCGAUGCAGGUUCUGCAAGAGCUUCCAGCUGAGAAUCUGGAGGUCUCCGUCCUGCCCGCAGGGGCCUGCGAGAAAGGUGGUCGCUGGUCGAAGGCCUUGUCUUUAUUCCGACAGCUGCGCCUGCAGAUGCUGGAGUGCAGCACCGGUGUCCUGAAUGCCGUUCUGAGUACCUGUGCCAGGAAAGGGCGGUGGCAGUGUGUUCUGCAAGCCCUUCCGGAGCUCGAUUCUGGCCCUCCGGCCGACUCCAUCACCUACGAGGCCAUCUUCUCUGCUUGCGAGACUGGGGACCAGCGCUGGCUGUCUUCCACCUUAUUCCCUGACGUUACGCGGCUGGCGCUGAGCCGAUUAAGGGAAGCCAUGGGCAUUGGAGCACCUGACUGA